GCGUUGUGGAAUUAUGCAGCAAAUGAAAUGAAAUCUCCAUAUUUUUCAAAACUAUUCACCAAGGCACACCUUGCAUUUAUACAUCUCAAAUGAAGCUCGCGUAGACUCCUGUCAAAUUCGAUAGCAAAAAAAAAAUCAACAAAAGACGCCUUCUUUGACUGGAGGAUUUCUAGAAGUUGAAGAAGUAAACAAAAAAGUUCGUUUUGCCUCAGUAGUUAGUAAAUUCUCGAUUUGUGUGGUUUGCUUCAUUUUACAACAAUGAAUGUGGAGGAGGUUUGGCAUACGGCGGAUCCAGGGAGUUGUUGCCGCAUAUGUGUAGUACAAAUGGAUGAAUGUUAUCCGAUGCACGAACCACUGGAUGCAAACGCCACGACGAGUUUGCAAAUCGUUCUGGAGAAGAUAUUUCCAGCCGUGUUCAAUGAAGUGCAACUGCAGCACGACUACAGCAUGAACUGGCCAACGGCGGUCUGUCGAGACUGUAAACGGAAAGUACAAGAUGCGUACGAACUGUACGAGAGCUGCCUUGAUAGCUGUGAUAAGCUACAGAAGAGAGGUUUUAUCAAGGAGAAGUUUCACGAAGAAGUUUCACAAAUACUCCAUCCGGUCGAUUGUAUUAUCGAUGAACCGACGGAAGAGUUUGUUGAAUGUGAUCUUAUAGCAGAAGGCGCUGAGGAACCGGAAGAAAUCCUGACCGUUUCACGGCGAUCCGUAAAAACGCGCCAAAAAGAGAUGAAAGGAACAGCAAAAGCUCAGAAAGCUUCAACCGUCCCUGAGCACGCGGACAUUAAGGAAGAAAUUAAUGAGCUAACAAUAGAAGAACUGAUUGACGAAAAUGAUACAGAAUUUGUUGAAGAAAAGAUCACCGAGCCCGAUUGGGAACCACCAGCACGUAAAGCCAGAAAACCCAGAACCCAGAAAACAAAACUAAAAUCCGAAAAUACUUCACGGGAACGAAAAAAGAGAGAGACGAAAGGAGUGAUGAAGCAGAAGGACAAGGAACAGGAAGAGUCCCUGGAAUCCAAGAUGGAAAUAAAUCGUUGUCAGCUAUGCAACGGACCUACAUAUGCGUCUUCAAAAGAUCUGACCGACCACUUAAAGGCGGAGCAUUCCAGUCAAAUACGAUUCUGUGACAAGUGUCCAAAGGUAUUUGUAAGCGAGCAAGCCUUCCAGCAUCAUCAGUACUGCCACGCAACGGGACGUUCGUUCUUUUGUACGUUUUGUGACAAGGGUUUCCAGACGGAGCUACUGCUAAAGAAUCAUGUUCGGUUUCAUACGCGAGGCACGAAAUUUCUUUGUGCAAUAUGUGGUAAAGGCUUGGCUAACAAGGGCAGUUUACAAAUGCAUAUGCUGCUGCAUGACGAUAGUAAAUCAUAUCCAUGCAGUUUAUGUCCAUGCCGUUUCAAUACGAAAACUUGCUUAAAUGUUCACAUGCGUACACAUACGAAAAACAAGAUUUACACUUGUUCGACUUGUGGCUCUCAGUUCAACAAGCAUUAUUCGAUGGUGAAGCAUCAGAUAAUUCACACAGGAGAACGUCCGUUUGUGUGUGAUCUGUGUCCUAUGAGGUUCGUCUCACCGUAUCAUGUGAAGCGUCACAUGCUUACGCACACGGGUGAGAAACCUUUCAAAUGCACUUACUGUGAUCGUGGUUUCGCACAAAGCAACGUUUUGGUAAAGCACAUGCGCACACACAUCGGUGACAAUCCGUAUCAGUGCGAUCGUUGUGACGCAUCCUUCCGGCUGCUGAAGGAUCUGCGCAACCACUACAAAGAGCACUAUGACGAGAGUGAGAAAGGUAUUGGACCUUCGCCGGUGGUGGAAGAUAAGGAUAUUCGAUUUACUAGUACAGAUAUAUUGAAGCUGCGAUACCGGAAAGAAAUGAGUCAACUCACUCUAAAAAGUGAGGCAAGCGAAGACACCAACGGCUCUGUGGUUUAGUGGUAGCGAAGUCGGCCUUCACACAACAGAACUAGAACUAAAUUCCAUAAGCUAGGAAGACGUAAGUACAAUUAAAUCGCUGCUAUAUAAUUAUUGAAUGUAAAGCAACAACAAAAAAACGGUUAAUCGUUUUAAAACUGUUUGCGUAAAAUAAUUUUCCUCCAUGCAAAAUGAACCAGUUUGCACUUGUCCGACCAUCCAGUUUUGUUCCUUGAGCAUUUGUUUAACGCUGAAAGACUUCAGACCACAAUUAUACUUUCUGGCGAGGACCUUUAGAGAAUGUUUAAAGAAGGAACGGUAUAUCGGUUCUGCAACUUCCAAACCAUUUCCCAAGUUAGGAUAAGAAUAAUAACAACUAUUCGAUUGUUAUGUUGUUUCCCUUCUGUAGUUUUAGUUUCAAAAUAAUCGUUUAUGAUAAUUAAUACAUAUAUAACUGCUAAUCUUAUACGAUAAGCGAAUAAACGACUUUAUAAAAUUGUAAACAUUUAUCAACGUAUUUCAUAUUCAAAAGUUUCGGAAUUUCUUUUUCU